UUGGUGCGAAUAGAAAUAGGAAAAUAAUACGCAAUUAAUAUUAAUAAAAAUAUUAAGUUUUAUAUUGUAAUCAAUCUGUAAAAUACUAAUAAACUUUGAGCUUGUAAUGGAAUCUAAUAACAAUAAAAAAAAAACUGAAAAAACAACAAGAAAAUUGCAAAAAAAAACUGUCCGACUUUUAAAAGAUUUUGAAGAUACUAAAAUUUCUUUGCAGCCAACUCAACAUUUGUUUGUAGGAAAUGCAGGCCUUUUAAAUGGAGUUGCACGAGAGUCGUUAUUACUUUUAUUUUCUAAAUACGGUUCUGUAAAAGAUCUAACCAUGGUUCCACAAAAAUCUUUUGCUUUUAUUUCUUAUCAAUCUGUUGAAUCAUCAGUAUUAGCUGUUGCUGCACUUACCGGUUAUAAUAUAAUAAGUGAAAAUAAUAUUCCAUCUGCUCCGUUGUACUUUAGUUACUUGUAUCAAAAAAUUAAUUUACCAUACAUCCAAAUGCAAUUGUACCCAAAUGAAUAUAGGCAGCAAAUAAAUAUUAAUGGGCUUGAUAUAAAAUUUAAUUAUAUAGAUAAAGUCUAUGAAAAAGAAUUGUAUGAUUUUUUUUAUUGCAAAGAAGAUGAUGGUUCACUGAUGAAAAAUCGAACUGUAAAACAUUUUGGCUAUGAAUUUAUUUAUGGCUCUAAUAAUAUUGAUAGAUCGAAACCACUUGCACAGAAAAUACCAUCAGUGUGUGAUAGCUUGCUUAAAAAAAUGCUUUUAGACAAUAUUAUAGAUUUUAUGCCUGAUCAGCUUACUGUUAACCAGUAUAGACCAGGUCAAGGUAUUCCUUCUCAUAUUGAUACACACUCUGCUUUCGAAGAUGGAAUUGUUUCACUUAGCCUGAAUUCCCAGGUUACAAUGGAUUUUAAAAAAUCAUCAAAUGAAUUAGUUCCAGUUAUUUUAUAUCCACGAAGUUUAUUGGUUAUGAAAGGGGAAUCAAGGUAUCAAUGGAAUCAUGGAAUAACACCGCGAAAGUUUGACAUUGUGUAUACAACAAGUCAGUUGAACUCUACAGCUGAGCAAGAUUUUUUUACAGAAGAGCAUCUGACUCUCCGUGAACGCAGAAUAAGAAUCUCUUUAACGUUCAGAAAAAUUCGAUUUACACCUUGUAUAUGUAAAUUCACAGAGAAAUGUGAUUCACAAAUAAUUAAUCAAAAUAAUGUAUUAUUACCAAUAACUCCGAUAGAAGCAAUGCAUCUAGAAGAUAAACAUGUAGUUAAAGUUUAUGAGCAAAUAGCAAUGCAUUUUAGUGAUACAAGGCAUUCUCCGUGGCCUCGUGUAAAACGUUUUUUAAAUAACUUAAAAAAUGGUAGUAUAGUUGCUGAUGUAGGUUGUGGUAAUGGAAAGUAUCUUGGUGUUAAUCCUGAUCUUGUAUCCAUUGGUAGUGAUAGAAGUAUAAAUUUGAUAUCAAUUUGCAAGGAGCGUAAUUUUGAGGUUUGCAUUUCUGACUGUUUAACAUUGCCAUACAGGAGUAAUGUAUUUGAUGCUGUGAUUUGUAUAGCAGUUAUUCAUCAUCUAUCAACUCAAACUAGAAGAUUGCAAGCAGUUGAAGAAUUGAUACGCAUUGUUAACACAAAUGGAUUAGUACUUAUUUAUGUUUGGGCUAUUGAGCAAGAUAAUGAGAAAAAUUUAAAUUUGUGUGAAAAUUCUAGAAUUGAAAGCCCAAAUAUUUGUAUUAGCUCUAAUGGUUCUACAGAUAAACUUUGUUGCGAUAAAUUUUCUUACGACGCAAUUACCAUAGAAAGUAGAAAAAAGAUUGAAAUAAGUGAAGGAAGAAACACCUUUCAACAACAAGAUUUAUUAAUACCAUGGCAUUUAAAAGAAGAAAAAUGUAAAACAGAAGAAAUAUUUCACAGAUUUUAUCACGUAUUUGUUAAAGGAGAAUUAGAAGAGUUAUGUUCUCAUAUCCCGUUUGUUAAAAUAGAAGAUGUUUAUUUUGAUUGUGGAAAUUGGUGCAUAAUUAUGCAGAAAAAAAAUUAGUUAUAAAA